AUGUCGCCGCCGGCCGCGCCGUUUCCUCCCCUCCAGAUCCCCCCCGCCGAGCGGCCCGGACGAGAGGAACAAGACUCGACCACCACCCAGGAUGCGGUUGCCGACGACCCGGCCACCACUGCCGCACCGCUGCGCCCGGCCAUUUCGCGCUCGCGCACCAUGACCACGACGGCCGAGAUUGAUAGCACAAUCACCAAGCCCGGCAGCGUGCGCAUCAACGUUACCGGCGCCUUCAUCGUCGACCCGGACACGGCCACGCCCAAAAACGGCCGCGGCUCCCCCACCACCCACCAUGAAACAAGCGAUAUCCGGUUGCCGAACCAUACAGCCGUCGUCAGUCACAUUGCUGUGGAUAUUGGAGGCUCCCUCAUCAAGCUCGUCUACUUUUCCCGCGAGGUCGACCAGACUGACCCCGGCGGCCGCGUCACCUUUCAGACGUUUGAGACGGAUCGCAUAGAUGACUGCGUCGAGUUUAUGCGCGAUCUGCGCGACCGCCAGGCCAAGCUGACCGGCUCCCGCCCGAGCGACCUCGCCGUCAUGGCCACGGGCGGCGGCGCCUACAAGUUUUACGACAAGAUUCGCGAUGCCCUCGGCGUCGACGUGUCGCGCGAAGACGAGAUGGAGUGUCUCAUCAUCGGCCUCGACUUCUUCAUCACCGAAAUCCACCGCGAAGUCUUUACCUAUUCCGAGACGGAGCCGAUGCACUUUGUCGGACCCCGCGAGGCCAUUUACCCAUACCUGCUCGUCAACAUUGGCUCCGGCGUGUCCAUGCUCAAAGUCACCGGCCCGCGCGCCUUUGAGCGCGUCGGCGGCACCUCGCUCGGCGGCGGCACGCUCUGGGGCCUGCUCUCCCUGCUCACCGGCGCCCGCACCUUUGACGAGAUGCUCGAGCAGGCCGGCCGCGGCGACAACACGCACGUGGACAUGCUCGUCGGCGACAUUUACGGCCAGGACUACAGCAAGAUUGGUCUCAAGAGCACCACCAUUGCCUCGUCCUUUGGCCGCGUCUUCAAGAUGAAAAAGGACGCCGAGGAGGCCGCCGCCGCCCACGGCCACCAGGUCAAUGGCCAGGCCGCCAUCCUCCCCCGCGGCCCGGGCUUCACCGACGGCGACAUUGCCCGCUCCCUGCUGUACGCCGUCUCCAACAACAUCGGCCAGAUUGCGCUGCUGCAGUCGCAGAUCCACAACCUGUCCGACAUUUACUUUGGCGGCUCCUUUAUCCGCGGCCACCGCCAGACCAUGAAUACCCUCAGCUACGCCAUCAAGUUUUGGAGCAAGGGCUCCAAGCAGGCCUACUUUUUGCGCCACGAGGGCUACCUCGGCGCCGUCGGCGCCUUCCUCAAGAGGCAGCCCAAGAAUUGGGGACGACGCGGCAGCCUCGACCACAGCCUCGACGAGCUGCAGGAGUGGCGGAAGCAGCGCGCCAAGGAGGAAGCUGCGUCGGCAUCCCAAGCCACAGUUGAUUAA